AAAAAAAUAGGGUAAUUGGCCCCAUGAUUUUGGAACAUGGAUCAAUCAUCCCUUAUUACAAAAGUCCCUUUCCGAGGAUUCUUCUCUUCCUCACAAUCCCACCAACCUCCCUCCCUCCUUCCCUUUGUUUUUUUUCAUCAAAUAAAAACAAAUCAUUUCUAACCUCUCCCUAAACCUUCUCUUAACCCAGCCUAACAAUGGCUGCCACUCCCACAACCACCGCUUUGCCCCCUCCUCCUCCUCCCCCUACUAUUCUUCCCUAAUUAUAUACAACACCACCUUUCCUGCCACGGUGAGCAGGAUGGCCUUUUGGAGCCCCACUAUUCCAUCAGUCCUCAUAGGCCUCCUGUCUCUGCUCCUCCUCCUCCUCUGCUCCGCCACCCCCAUCCGCCUCGGCAUUAUCCGAAAGCCAUCCCCGGAUGUCCCUGUCUUCCGCGAAGCCCCCGCAUUCCGCAACGGCGACGCCUGCCGCCAGGACAAAAUCCACGUUUCCAUGACAUUGGAUUCCAACUAUCUUAGAGGAACAAUGGCUGCCGUGCUUUCCAUCCUGCAACAUUCAACCUGCCCGGAAAACGUCGAGUUCCAUUUUCUAUGGUCGCGGUUCCAGCCGGACGUCUUAUCCAGCAUUAAAUCCACCUUCCCUUACCUCAAUUUCAACGUCUACCGCUUCGAUUCCAACAGGGUACGCGGCAAAAUUUCGAAAUCAAUCCGGCAAGCAUUAGACCAACCGUUGAACUACGCGCGCAUAUAUCUCGCCGACCUCAUCCCGGUCGGCGUGAAACGCGUAAUCUACCUGGACUCCGAUCUUGUCGUUGUCGACGACAUUGGGAAGCUCUGGGAGGUGAACUUGAAGAACAAAGUUUUGGCUGCCCCGGAAUACUGCCACGCAAAUUUCACCAAGUACUUCACCGACGCGUUUUGGUCCGACCCGGCAUUUUAUCGAACAUUUGAAGGGCGAAAACCUUGUUAUUUCAACACGGGUGUGAUGGUGGUGGACGUGGACAAAUGGAGGGAAGGAGGGUAUAGGUUGAAGAUGGAGGGGUGGAUGACGACGCAGAAGCAGAAGAGAAUCUAUCACCUGGGCUCUUUGCCGCCAUUUUUGCUGGUUUUGGCCGGUGAUAUUAAGGGCGUUAACCAUAGGUGGAACCAGCAUGGGCUUGGGGGAGACAAUCUUGAAGGGAAAUGCAGGAGCUUGCAUCCGGGGCCAAUUAGCCUGCUCCAUUGGAGCGGGAAAGGGAAACCAUGGUUAAGGCUUGACUCAAGGAAGCCGUGUACCGUUGAUUACCUUUGGGCUCCGUAUGAUCUCUACCGUUCAUCCAGCCACUCUUUGGAAGAAUGAAUUAAUGAGCUAGAGAAAGAAAAGAAAAAGGGAAAUUAUACGUGAAGUUGGAGCUUUUGGGUCAAUGGGAUUAAUGGAAAUAUGGUGAGUGAUUAAGUAGAA